UAUCUUGAAUGAAAAAAUAGCGUCAAUCCUUAGAAUAAUUGCAUUUGAAUUUGAAGUUAUGACAAUAAUUUGAAAGUGCCGCACAUUUGACCCUAGAUUGAGAAACUGGUUUGCUAUUAUAUGCCAUUAUGAGUUUUUGUUGCAUUUACACAGUUUUGACCAGAAGGCGUCACCAGCGCGUGGUGUUUCCAGCGCCUUGAAACACUGAAUCAUUUUUUGCGAAUUAAUUGGUUAAAUUGAUUCGAAGCUUCGAAAAGCUGGAUGAUUGAGUGUUAUCAUCUGCUCCACAGUCGUUUAUGAGAUUAAAUCCUGGGGAAUAUUCCCAUUUUGCCACAGCUGAAGAAGAAGCAAUCAGGAGGAAUUACUCCAGGAGAAACUACUGACAUACUAUUGGAAAGAUGGAGUUUGAGGAAGAACCCUGCAGAAUGAGAGAUGAAGAUCCAGAGAAACAAACAGACUCAAUGGAAGACAAACAACAUCAGUUUCAAAAAACCCAUAAUUUCACAAAUGAAGACGGAAACAUUGUUUCACAGACUGAAAUGAACUUCACAUCAAAAAGGGCUCGCAAGGGUGCUGGAAAAGGUUCUCUCGCCUGCACCGAGUGUGGAAGAAGUUUCAAUAAUAGAUCCAAUCUUAUGAGACACAUGCGAUUUCAUGCUGGAGAAAAGCCAUUCGCAUGCACCCAGUGUGGAAAGAGUUUCGUUCUGAAAGGAGGAUUGAAUCGGCACCUGCAAGUUCACACUGGAGAAAAACCAUUCACAUGCACUCAAUGCGGAAAAGGUUUCACAUCCAAAAGCAAUCUGAGGGAUCAUCUGCGCGCUCACGCUGGAGUGAGAUCGUUCAGCUGUGAUCAGUGUGAAAAAACCUAUGUUUUUGAAACCAACUUAAAAGAGCAUCUUAAAAUACACACUGGUGUGAAGCCUUACACUUGCAGUUUUUGUGGAAAGAGGUUUUCCGUAGUGAAAAGCUUACAGUAUCACCAGAGUAUUCAUACUGGAGUGAGACCGUAUCUGUGCUUUGACUGCGGGAAGACCUUCAGUUCGCCAGGCAACUUAAAAACACACCAGAGGAUUCACACUGGAGAGAAACCAUACAAGUGCUCACACUGUGGAAAGAGUUUCUCUCAUUCACCAACCUUGAGAGAUCAUGAGAGAAUUCACACUGGAGAAAAGCCGUAUCAGUGCUCCUCGUGCGGACAGAGUUUCGCUCGCUCCUCUAAUCUACUGAUUCAUAAGAAAAAGCGUUGUCUGAGUGAGCAAAAGAUUUUGUGAAACAGUUGCAAGAUCAGUCAAUUAAAGCUCUGUUAAUGUUUAUGUGUUGUUCAAUGGUGUUAGAAACUCGUGCACUGAGGGUGAAAAUGUUAAAAUCAUUCAGUUUUGGCUUGGGGUAGUUAUGGUUAAAUAGGUUUAUUCAUAGUGAAACCAUUUAUUAUUUAUAAUGUUGUGUGAUGUACUGAUUUGAGAAAUAAAAA